GGGAGCCGCAGAAUCCGAAUUUAAAGCCCUCAGUGUACAGAAGCAAAGGAGGAAGGGAGAGCUCGAACACCCCGACAAACCCAUCCAUCUGGAGAGACAGGAUAGGAAUGGGGGGCUGCGGUGCACCGACGUGCCAGUGGUAGGGCUGGAGGGAAGUAGAUUGAGUCAAGCAGGUGGUAGUGUAACCCAACGCAUCAUCGCAAACAGGAGAAUGGAGGGAGAAUGAAAAGUGGCGCUGAUGUGCCCGUUGAAGUGAACCAUCAAACCAUUCAGUGCCUCGCCGAGCCGGGGCUGACCUCGGGGCGAGCUCAGCAUUCACGGCGACUCCCUGUCAAAUCAGAUCCCCGUCUUUCUCUACAGCUCCAGCAUGACGGACAUGAUGUUUAUCAUCGCUGUCAUUCUCCACUUCACUCAGGCACCUGCUUGCCCAUCUGGGUGCCGCUGUUACAGUCUAACAGUUGAGUGUGGCUCUCUGGGGCUGCAGGAGAUUCCAGCUGACGUCCCAUCCACCACUCAGACCAUUUUCCUCCAAGACAAUGCCAUCGGUCAGAUUCGUCAGCAAGACCUGUCCAGGCUGGGCCAACUUCACUACCUCUACUUACAAAACAACAGCAUUUCUGCACUGGAGCCCGGUGCCUUCCGCAGCCAGAACGAACUCCUAGAGUUAGCCCUUAAUGGAAACCGCAUCCACUUGGUGUCGGGCAAUGUGUUCCAAGGCUUGGAGCACCUGCGCAUCCUGUACCUGUCCGGGAAUCAGAUUACAAGACUACAUGACUUCACUUUCCGAGGCCUGCAGAGGUUGCAGGAACUCCACCUCCAGGAGAACAGUGUGGAGCUACUGGGGGAGCAGGCCUUAGCUGGCCUGUCCUCCCUAGCCUUGCUGGACCUAAGUCGCAAUAACCUGCGGACUCUGAAUCAGGCCUCCCUGCGUCCUCUCAUCAGUCUUCAGGUCCUGCGAAUCACAGAUAACCCCUGGCGCUGUGACUGCGCACUUCAUUGGCUGAGAAGCUGGAUUAAUGAGGAUGGCCAACGUCUUCUGAGUUCUGCUGACCGCCGAGUAAUAUGUGCCGAACCCCCACGGCUGGCACACCAGAGCUUGGUUGAGGUACCAGGGAACAGUCUUAUCUGCAUCCCACCCAUUGUGCAGCUGGAGCCCAACCACCUGACAGUACGGCUGGGAGAGAAUCUGCGGGUAUCUUGCCAGGCAUCAGGUUACCCUCAGCCACAAGUCACCUGGAGAAAGGUAGCUCAGGCUAAAUCUGACCCCUCGCCCAAAAUAUCUUCAAGUGGGAUUGCAGCUGGGGGUAGAGGGCUCGCUUUAGAGCCUGGCAAAGGUGGCAGAGGAGAACGCUUUGACCCUGACACUGGCAGUGGGAUGCUCUUCCUCAGCAAUGUGACUGUGGCGCAUGCUGGCCGCUAUGAGUGUGAAGCGUGGAAUCCUGGAGGCGUAGCAAGAGUGACCUUUCAUCUGUCCAUCAACCUCUCCUCUGCUGGGAAUCAACAUGCUCGCGCCUAUCCAGCUGUAGACAUUAGCCAGGAACCGUUGUAUGACUUGGAGAGUAUGGAUUUUAAUGCACUCAGUAUGGCCACACAGACCACAAUUGCGAUUGGAAUUUCCCUUUUAGCUCUCACCGCACUUCUACUCAUUGUCAUGAUAUACAAUCGUCACAAGCAUCGUAAGAAAGGGCAGAAAGAGGAAAACAUACUUUAUGUCAAUGAUUACUCAGAUGGUCCAACCACCUUUGCCCAGCUAGAAGAAUAUCGCGAUGAGAGGGGCCAUGAAAUGUAUGUGCUGAAUCGCAGCAAGCCAGUCUUUUCCUACAGUGGCCAGCAGGGGGUACUAACACCUGAGCAACUCCAGGAUCAGGCAACUCAAACACUGGAAGUGGGAAUGGGGUCAGGGACUAGGGAAGUGGGUGAGGAGGAGGAGGAAGAAGAGGAGGAAGAAGAAGAGGAGGGUCUUUUCAUAAACCAGAGUUUGCUCUUUGACACGCAAAUUGCUUAUGAGAUUCAUUGCUGAAAGUGAUGGAGGCCAGGCUAAAGCAUGGCCUUCUUGGGAUAUGGACCUCACCCAGGGAUUAGAGACUCCAGAAUAAUGACUUGUCGAGAAAGGCCACCACUUUGAGACGAUGCCUAAGCUUUACAACUAAAACCAAGAUACUGUGACAAGAUUUAAUCCUUCUCUUUGCUAAUAGAUUAUGUAAUUUGGUUUCUUUGCAGAAAGUUUUAACUUUAGGACAUCUGAGUUAAAUUUCAUUAGCUUCCUACAUAUUGUUAAUCUGUGGUUUGCACACCCUCGGACAUUUGGCUGUAAAGCUUGGUUACUCCACUCAGUCCUUAGCGGGCUGCAGUUUGCAAAGGUUUUUGUUAAAGCUGAUCCCUUAAGAAGCGCAUCUUACUAAAUCAGAUGUGCUGCUUAUCAGAUUUCAAAUUCUGAAAGGCAACCCUAAAACUGGACUAAGCAGUUUCAAUAGACAGAUGUGUGAGCUCAAUCUGGGCUUUAUUCUUCUAUGAAAUUUACUAAACUUGAGCAAAUAUUAUUAAGUACAGCUGUAUUCAGCCUCUAUGAUGUGUCCCUUAUACUUUCUAUCUAAACAUUUUUAAUGGGGAACAUUCAGAUUCAAUAAACCAAUACAGCUCAUGAUGGAGAGCAUCAUAGUUGCUAUUAUUUGUGAUUGAACCUGUUGAAUUUAAUUCAUUUUGCACAUACAACACAGGCAAUUUCCGGAUUAGCUAUCUCAGCAAUUUGCUUAGUCAUACACGACAUUUGACAGGAUCAAUAACACCUAUACAUGAAAUUAUCACCCCUGAUAAGAAGGUGGGCAUCUUGACAGGUACUCAAAAGAUCUAAAACAAAAUACAUUAGUGAAUGGCAAUGGUCGAGUACUCAGUUCAUGCUUUAUACCUUCUCGGAUAUGAAGUAUAGGGAAAGUAUUCUAAUCAUCCAAAAUACGAUGUCGUAAUUUUGAAGAAUCUCAAUGUUUUAGACCUCCCUGACUUUCUCGUUUACAAAGUAUAGGGAAAGUAUUGGAUUCCUC